AUGUCAUCCCAAUCCACACAAAACAAUGAGGAAUUGCCAGUGGCGAGAGAACCAAAAAUGAAAGAUUUAUCGAUUCAGGACCCUGAUGCUUCGAAUACAGAUGAAGACGAUUUGCACGAAGAUACUGAAAACGAUAAUGAUGGCGAUGACAGUGAUAAUGAAAUAAAUAACAGCAACAAACAGGGCGAGCAGGAUAAUGGAGCAGUGCAAUACCCAGGUACUAUUCUUCCUGGUUCUGUUCUCCCUGAUAACAACCGUCAGGAAAUUGAUGCUGACCAGAACUUAACAGAGGGUUUAGAUCCCAAUACCGAGUUUAUCGAUUUGGUUCAUUUAAAAAUUGCAUCAUUGGAUGAUUUGGACUUGUCGCGUUUUACUAAAUUGGAGUCACUAUGCCUUAGACAGAAUUUGAUAACUUCAAUUGUUGGUGUUAAAAACAUUGCUUCAUCGUUAGAAGAAUUGGAUCUUUACGAUAAUAGAAUCAACCACAUUUCUAGUUCCAUCAAACAUUUAACAAAACUUCAAAAUCUUGAUCUCUCAUUCAACUUGAUCAAAAAUAUUAAAAACUUGGAAUCAUUAGUUGAAUUGGAGAAUCUAUAUUUUGUUGCCAACAAGAUCAGAGAAAUUAAGAAUUUAGACACGCUCACAAAGCUUCGCAACUUGGAACUUGGCGGUAAUAAAAUUGAAGUGAUUGAAAACCUUGAUAAAAAUAUAAACAUUACUCAAUUGUGGCUUGGAAAGAAUCGGAUUUACAAAUUGCAAAAUUUGGACCCCUUGGUAAACCUUCGCGUUUUGUCUAUACAAUCAAAUCGAAUAAGCAAGAUACAAGGGUUGGACAAUUUAAAAAAUUUAGAAGAAUUGUACUUAUCACACAAUGGUAUUGAAAAAAUUGAAGGUUUGGAAAACAAUGUAAACUUGCAAGUGUUGGACGUGACGUCUAACAAGUUGACAGAUUUGAGUGGGCUCAAGCAUUUGACUAAAUUAACUGAUUUUUGGUGCUCCUACAAUAAAGUUCUGAGCUUCAAGAAUGUUGAAGAGCAAUUGGGAAAAUUACCAGAGUUGGAAUGUGUCUAUUUUGAAGGAAACCCACUCCAAACAGAAAAUCCAACAGCAUAUAGAAGGAAAUUGAAGUUGAUUUUAGGCCCAUCGUUGAACAAGAUUGACGCAACAUACAUCCGUUCGUAG